UAGGGUAGUUCAAAGUUCGAACUUUGACUAACUGGGAAAUUUGAAAUUCUUUUGAAUUUUGAUUACUCGAAGUCGAAGUCGAUUCUUGAAUGUGAUAAAAACAAUACAUGAAGUGCGAUGCGUUUGCCGGUGACGACGUUUGAAAAAAGUUUAUAAAAAGAGGUUAGACAUUUUAAAAUUUGUGAGCAUGUGCUCAAUAAUCGCAACAACUUGAAGAAUUGAUUUCGCUCGUAAUUAAUUCAAGUUAGAACUUAAUCAUGGAUCAUAGUAAAGAACUGUAUGGAUUUCCAACUUCGGUAAAUCUGAAGUAUUUCGCCUCCAAUUUUCAAGAAAAACAACGAGAAGCAAAACAGAAAGAGAAGGAAUUAGCUAACGCUGCGGUCGAAAAAGAAGUAUUGAAAAUCAAAGAAAGCCCUUGGAAAAUUUUUACCGGUAACAAAAGUAUAAGCUCUACUGCAGAAAUAAAAAAUAUCGAAGAGGAGUUUGUUGAUAAUUACUAUUUGGACUUGUUGAAGCUAGAUUACUUACUGACAACCAAAGGAAUUCGGUCACAUAAUUUCAAGCUCUUUCGAUUGUUAUUCCAAUGUAACUUACCGAUUGAACAUGUUUCGAAGACGCCUUCAACCUCUGAUAAACCUGGUGUUUUAAAUAGCGUCUUUCGAGCAGCUCACGCGGUUACUUAUGGUGUAAAGAAUAAAAUUGAAAAUAUUGGUAAACGAUGUGUUUUAUUCGUGCGCAGCGCAAUAUUUGUCGGCUAUGGUCUCAAGUUGGGCCAUAAUGUUCAAAGAUUAAUUGUUCCUCUGAAAGAUACCAGCGUUCUUCGCGACACUAAAAAAUCCGAAAUUCCUAAUGUGUACCUUCUCAAGAAACAUUCGGGUUACGAUCUCAUGUUCGUUAUGCUCUCAGUAUUUUGGAGUGACUUACGGAUACCGAUCGUGUUUUUCAAUGAAAACAGCAAAAUAUGGAAAUUCUCGAUUUUUGAAAAACUCAUGUUCACGUUAAUUGCUUGGAAAAAUACGCUUGUUAUCGGUCGUAGCAACGAUUACGAAGGAUUACGGAUUCAACUAGAACCGAUUUUAAAAAGAAAAUGUGACGUUCUUUUCUGCCUUGAAGAUGAUCAUGAAGAAGAUUUUGAACUGCUCGGUCGAAUAAUGGAAAACAUGGUCAACACAUCUGCCAUUCCAGAUGUUUUAUUAACGACCGUCAAUUUCAGCUACGAAGCUGCGUUCGAUGACGCAGUUGAAAAUACGUUGCUUUCAAAUCAAAAGUUGUCUUUCAAUGGCUCAUCUUUCAACUAUUACUUUAAAACCAACUUGGGGCUGGUGAGAGCCAAGUUUGGAACUCCUGUUUCUGUUAAAGACGUUAUUGAAUCUUUUGGAGGGAAUGUGUUGCAAAAAGUAACUGCUCGUCUCAAUUGGGAACUUUCCAAAUCUGAAAUACUUAUGAGCACAAAUUUGGUAUCUUUCAUAUUGCUGACCAAAUAUCGCGAUGGUGGGAAAUUGAAUGAUUUAAUUAAAGAAGUUGACCAUUUCAAAAAUGAACUGAAUUAUCGGAGAAAGCUCGUUGGAUUUACUGGCAAUGCACGUAGUAUAGUUAAUCAUGCCAUUAAUAUGCUUGAUAAAAAAAUUGCCGUGGUACAAAUCAAUAACGAGUAUGUAAUUAAGCCUGUUUUACGUUUACCGGAUGUUCUUGGAUUAUCUCGUUUAAGUCACAGCGCCUUAAAUUAUUUUGUAUUGGACGCAUCCAUGAUGACGUGCCUCGCAAUUUUAUUCAGGACAAAACUAGAAGGGAUAUUCAAAGGUGGCGAUGAUCUGGCUUUUAAUUACACUGAAUUAGUCGACAGAAUUGAGCAACUGUGUGAAAUUCUGCAAUUCGAAUUUAAUUUCAAUAAUCCUGUUUUACCAUUAUCCAGUGACAUCGCUAACGUUAUAUUCAACUAUAUUGAAGCGGAAUAUUUUGUGAAAAAUGAGAAAUUGUUGACUGAUGAAGAAAAAUGGGGGCACAGACUUGCCAAACAUUUAGAAAGUGAUGACGAAGAUGAUGAUUACAGGAAUAACCGUGGAGAUACAUAUACGGUGCAUUUCGAUAGUACUGGCGUUUUAUUUUCCAAAAUCAUGUUUUACAAAAAGUCACUGCAUCCGAUACUCGAGUCUUAUUUAGUUACUGUAGAACACUUGAAAUCAUUGACUAACAAACAUGUGAUUCAUUCAGAAUUGACCAAGCAGAUUCUCGCGAAAUUAAAACAAUCUUUCGAGAAAGAUCAACUGGAAUAUCCUGAAAGUGUCUCGUUGGAAUUUGUACGCAACAGCAUCAAAUUGAUGGAAAAGUGGAAUGUUCUUGAAAAUUAUGCCGUAGAUGGAAUAAAGGUACUGUUUUUAUCCAAAGAGUACAUUAAUGAACGAAGUCUCUGUGAUAUUGAGUACAAGCUGAGAAGUUUUCUGUAGUCAUAUCAGAAAAUAUGAAUUUUUUUUUUACAUUUUUGAUUUUAAAGGAAUUUUAAUUUUACUUUUGUUAACUGGAUUUACCUAAUAAAGAUUUUUUAUUUGGAA